UUAUUUUUAUUCCGCUUGUACAUCUGAGGGAAGACAUCGAAUUGAUUUCGGAAUUUAGGUUGUAGUUCGUUCGUAGUUAGUUCGCUUGUUUUAACACGCAAUAAUUGCUAUAAAAACUAACUAAUAUUAUUUAGUUAUAGUAGUAGAUAAGAAUGCCGCGGUUGAAAAAAGAAGGCAGUAAGAAGCCAGCGUCCAAGGCGAGCAAAAGGCCUGCAGCAGCGUCGCAUCCUGAGCGAGGAAGAAAGAAGCGUACCGUGGAAAAUUUAGCUAAAGCAAGGAAUGUUGUCAAAGGUAUAAAAGGGGAUGAGCAAAGGACCGCAACGCAAGUAGAGAGGCAAGCAACAAGCGCGGAGGUACCUAUUGAGAGCAUUGCUAGCAUGGAAAGGGCUGCACCUCAAAGAGUCGAAGGCGAUAUCAGUAUUCGGGCGGAUAUAGAUUUUACGGUAUCUCAAAUUCAGCGCCAGUCGGACUGGUUGGCGUCGGCGACAUUUGAAGAUGCGAAUAUUGAGAUCAUGAAGGCUCGCCUCGAUAUUUUGACUACGGCCUGGGGGAAAUUUGAAUUAAAAUCUCAAGAGUUGCAACAAACAUCGCAAAAUGAAUUGCAACAGGCGGAUGAUAUCACACGUCAACUGAGGGUUGAGGAUGUCUACGUGAGAGUUCGGGCGGGGUUAAGUCAGCAGAUAAAGGCAUUAGAACCAAUCUCAUCUACUGCCACAUGCACUCAUGCCAAUAAUCGGGCACUGCAGUUACGUUUUGCAGAAUUGCCUUUGGCAGAUCGGCUCCCAAUAUUUCGCGGAAAUUAUCGGGAGUGGAUUCAGUUUAGGGACAUAUUUACAGCCGAAGUUAUUCGAAAUCCACACAUCACGAACUUGCAACGACUUGGGCGGUUGCAAAACUGUGUUAAGGAGGAUGCUGCCAGGGCAAUGGGAUACUGGCCGCAGCUAGAAAAAAGCUUUGCCGAGGCAUGGAAGACAUUGUGUGUAGCAUUCGAUAACGAAUAUCUAUGUCACGCGGCACACUUCUCCGCUAUUUACGGUCUGCCUAGUUGGUCGAGGGCUACCCAUUCCUUAAUUAGAAAUAUGCUUGACGUUACGCGCAACAGUAUGCGUAUGAUUUCAAGACAAUUAGGAGCCGCGGAGCAACGAGAUUUACUCAUUUUAAAUUUUCUUGAAUCUCGUUUAGACAGCAUAUCCCGUAGACAGUGGGAGAUGGUACGACCCACAGACCGUAUCCCCAAUUUGCAAAAUGAUUUCUUUGCAUGGCUUGAACGUCGGAUCAGCGGGCUGUUGAGUCAGGGAAUACAACCUUUGGCUAAUCAUAGCGAAAAGCGUGUCAUCAAUCCGCUGAUUAAUCAGCGCAUGAGGUUGAACGCUUCGUCAGUGUCCAACUAUAAUCCCUGCCUUAAUUGUUCAGGAGAUCACGCCUUCCACCGGUGCCCUGGGACUGGACGUAUGAGCCGGGAGGACAAAAUCAAACGGAUUUUCGAGCUGGGGCUAUGUCAGAAUUGUUUGAGGAGAGGCCAUACUGCCCGAAACUGUUUGUCAAGCCGCUGCCCCCGGUGCGCAAGGACACCUCACAACAGCAUAAUAUGCCCAAAACUAUCAGCAAUGAGUUCCAAAGAUGAGGCUUCUCGCGUCACGAUGCUAGCAACAGUAGCUAAGGUCGUACCGAGGAAGGAGCAAUAGCAAUUAGCCAAUAAAAAGGAAACCGGCCUCGGGGGUUUCAGCAGUGUUGCUUCGCCACAAACAUCCGAGCAUAUAAAAUCUACCAUAACACAGGGCGGAGCUAUUGAUUUUUAUGCCAAUUUAUUGGCUACAGCGCAGGUGCGCUUUCUAACCCGUUGUGGAACGACAGUGAGAGUACGCGCAAUAUGCGAUACGGGCGCACAGGUGAACUUGGUCAGCAAACAUUUUGUGAAGGAUAACCAAAUUUCUACACGCCGAAUCAGGAUUGGUGUAUCAUCUGCUAUUAAGGAGGGAUCUCAUAUCUGUGACAAAUCAAUCACCGGCCAUUUG